UUCUGAGACUCCGUGCCCUCUUUCCGGUUCUCCGUUCGCGUAGAACUCACGACACGAUGAAAGCAAAGGGAGAAUUGAAGGAAUACGAGGUGAUUGGGAGGAAGCUCCCCACCGAAAAGGAGAAGACGACUCCUCUUUACAAAAUGAGGAUUUUCGCUCCUGAUGCUAUCGUUGCUAAAUCCCGCUUCUGGUAUUUCUUGAGACAACUGAAGAAGUUCAAAAAAUCGACGGGAGAAAUUGUUUCUCUUAAACAGAUUUCCGAGAAGACCCCAGCCAAGAUCAAGAACUUCGGUAUCUGGUUGAGGUACGACUCUCGUUCAGGCACUCACAACAUGUACAGGGAGUACCGUGAUCUGUCAGUGAGCGGUGCUGUAACCCAGUGCUACCGUGACAUGGGAGCCCGUCAUCGUGCACGCGCCCACUCCAUCCAAAUCAUCAAAGUGGAGAUUGUGAAGGCUGCCAACUGCCGCAGACCCCAGGUCAAGCAGUUCCACGACAGCCACAUCAGAUUCCCACUGGCCAAGAGGAUUCAGCACAAGAACAGAAUGCCACUAUUCAGUGUACGCAAACCACGUACCUACUUCCUGUAAUCGCCGAAAGUACUGGUUUAUGUAUGUUUCAACGCAAAUAUAAAGUACCGAGGUUAAUAAAAUUAUGUCUUUAUAAUUUUA